GGGAUAUCACACUCUUAGACAGUGAUUUCAACAGUCAGGAUCUGACUCUACAAGAGGUCUGUGGAUUUUUCAGAGACUGGUGCACAAAUUCCUGAAUAUAUAUUUCUCGCAUCUUUAUUGAAAUGAAUUCAGACUCGGUUGCAAUGACAGAUCUCAGUGGAAAGAUGUAUAAACCGGAGACAGUGUGCAUCUUUGGAACAGGUGAUUUUGGACGCUCACUGGGGCUCCGUUUGCUCCAGUCAGGUUACAGUGUUGUAUAUGGAUCCCGGGACCCUAAAAACUCUCUGUUGCUGCCUAAGGGGUCAAAGGUCAUGACUCAUGCAGUAGCAGCAUGUGAUGCACAUGUGGUAUUCGUGGCUGUGCAGAGGGAACACUAUGGAUUUUUGAGCUCCCUGGCUUCAGAUCUUGAAGGAAAGGUGCUGGUAGAUGUCAGCAAUAAUCUCAAGAGGGGUCUGUACCCAGAAUCCAAUGCAGAAUACCUGAGCAGGCUGGUUCCAGGGGCGACGGUAGUCAAAGCCUUCAACACUAUCUCUGCCUGGGCACUGCAGUCUGGAGGACUAGAUGCCAACAGACAGGUGCUUCUCUGUGGAGACAAUGCUGAUGCUAAACAGCAAGUGGUGGACAUUGCUCAAAGUCUUGGUUUCACUGCACUGGACAGAGGCUCCCUCCGAGCCGCGGCUGAGUUAGAAGAUCUGCCCUUGCAACUCUUCCCUCUCUGGAGACUUCCUCUCAACAUCGCCAUUUGUUUAACAGCUUUCAUAUUCUUCUAUGUACUCACAAGAGAUGUUAUCUAUGAGCGUGUUACCAACGGUAAAGACAUCGCUUUCCGCAUUAUGAUCUCGCUGGCCAACAAGGUCUUUCCCAUUGUCUCUCUGGUGAUGCUGUCCCUCUGUUACCUGCCGGGUACAUUGGCUGGAUUUCUGCAACUUUAUAACGGCACUAAAUACCGUCGCUUCCCUGAUUGGUUGGAUCGCUGGAUGUUGUGUAGGAAGCAGCUGGGUCUGUUAGCACUGGCCUUCGGUUUUCUACAUGUUCUCUACACUUUAGUUAUACCUAUCAGGUAUUAUGUACGCUACAGGACAAAUGUCUACGUUAUAUCACUGGUAAAAGGUAAUAAAACCUAUGAGUUUGACAACACGAUGUCCUGGCGUUGUGACUCUUACUAUUCCAUGGGAAUUCUUGGGUUUGGGCUGUUUGUCCUACUAGGAAUUACAUCCCUUCCAUCUGUGAGCAACUCCCUAAACUGGAGGGAGUUCCGUUUUGUACAGUCCAAACUGGGCUACAUUACCCUGCUGCUGUGUACCGCUCACACAUUUCUGUAUGGCUGGGACAAAUUUCUGAAACCUGCAUCAUAUAGGUGGUGGAUGCCUCCAGCAUACAUGUUGUCUCUGGUGGUCCCUUGUGUGGUUCUGAUUCUAAAGCUAAUCCUGAUCACUCCAUGCAUGGACCGCAGUGUCACCCGUAUCCGUCAAGGCUGGGAGAGGCAGGGCAAAACUUCAGCAAAUGGCAGAGACACAAAGACAAACUAUCCACUCAUAGCGUAGCCAUCUUUUAACUGUAUGAAAACGGUUUGUUGGACUUGCCCUGAACUCUUCUGCUGAAAAUUUGUUUAAAAUGUUACAAGGAAAAAGUGCAGAGAACUAUCACUUAAUUGAGCAACUGACUUGAGACUUGAUUACUAUACUUAUAUUUUGACUGUCCCAUACUUUUCAGUGACUUUUUUCUACAGGUUACAGUGUUACACCAGUAGGUGAUGACAUAGCAGUUGAACCAGUCACAUUAAAUCAACAAUCUGUUAAAACACUUCUUCAUUUUGGAACAAAAAAAGUCAUCAUCUUUAUGAACAAGUCAUAGCAGUCACUAUACUGAUUCAUUCAAAACACAUUUAUUGAACAAUGCACAAUUCUGCUUUUGUUGGCUGGAUUUGAUCUUUUUGGCAGAGACUUAGACUUUAGACUUGACUUGGACAAGGGACAGAGACUUGAGAACAUGUCUGCUCAAGUGUAUGGAAGCCCUGUUGAGAGUUAGAGAGAGUUUGACUUCUCAAUACACCUCACAACUGCUGAGCGGCAGUUUCAAAUUACAGUAAACCAACCGUGGGAAAUUCUUUGGAGCUUAUCCUCCAACUCACACUGGUGAUUACAUCUCAGAUGAUCUCACAUUACUCUAUAACCUACCAAUUGCAUUUAAGCCCUCUUUACACUUGGGACAUACUCAGAAAUGUAUAUAUAUGUCUUGACCAUAUAUUCAUAGUGCAUCAUAACAUAGCUGAUCCAUAUCAUCUGUGUUCAUGUUGGAAUUCGUCUAUACCCUUUAAAGAAUACAAAGGCAGAAAUUAUGUGGCUUUUAUUAGAGGACACUUUUCUGUAUUGUAUAAAGCACUUGUCUUUUUUAUUACCUGCUUCCUCUGGGCUAUUUCCUCUCAAGAGCCUCCCAGCGGUCUUUUCCCUUUAGAUAUUAUCGAUCCAAAACUGAGCAGCAACUUACUUCUUGAUCUGUCUCUAGAUCUAGGCUUUCCUGUCUGCGGGAAAGCUCAUCUUUCUCUCUCUUGUGAAGUAUAAAGGAGCUGUCAAUCACAUCAGCAUUCACCUUCACUGGUGGAUGGCCCUUUCUGUAUAGUGCUUUUAUGAAGAAUUGCAAGCUGCAAAGAGUGUAGCUUAGACCAAAAUAGCCAGGCUCAUUUUGUGACAAAUAUAACUGAAAAUCUGUAGGCACACCUUUGAAGAAAACUAAUAACUUCACUUAUACUGAGCACAACAGCACAACCAACUCUGAGUCUGUUUAUCAAUGAAUAUUGGAUAUUCACUGAUUUUGAUUUUAUUUUUGUAUUAUGUAUAUCAAAUAAAAAC